AUGCUCCAAGAUAGCUCAAGUAAGCUCUUAAGUAUGCCACCGCUCGGUGCGACCAUUGGCCAUAUUACUGGACAAGCCUUUGCCGCCGACGACAGAACUCCGACGCAUUGUGAUCCCGAGUUGGACUCUCAGCUUUCCCCCACACGCAGCCGCAGCCCCACUGCCUCCGUUCGCGCGCGGGUCCACGAUAUCAACCUGCCACUCCGAGACAGCACCUCCUCGACGACGACGAUGGCACCGUCCCGCAGCGCCUCGACAGGUUCGAACGACUUGGUCGAGCUCGUUCGACGUCUCUUGCGCAUGCCUCGAUCCGGUGCGGCGACCCAGAACGAGGCGCAUCCGCUCGCGAUCGUUUUGCUGCUUUUGGAGUGUCGACUCGUCCAAGCACUGGCCCCUUGUUCGCAGAGGACCGAGGCCACAACGUAUCACAAGCAUGCUGUACCCGUCCAAGACGAUACUCGAGACGACAGCCCCAACGAUGAAGCUGCUAACAUCGUCCCAUCAAGUCAGGACACCUCUCAGGGGCCGCCACCGACCGCCGAGACUCGGACAAUGCCGCUACCGAGAUCGAGCGCGCCAACAGCGGCCGUCGGCGCUCACAGCCGUACCCAUGCCCGAGCCAUUCAACGGGCCGACGGGCACGACACCGUCACCGAUCGCGCAUCUCGUCCCUGUUGGGCGCAGCGGACCAGUUACAUGAAUGAGGUUGUGAGUCAAUGUACCUGUUUCUGUCGGUAUGGACUUCCCUGCCGAAGACUUGUACUCGUAGUCGAAUGCGCCUGCUGCCUCGCUCCAGGCGGCGCCUGCGCACGAGCCCCUUGCGACCACUCGAAUGGGUCACAAAGUACAAGGGGAACCAAAUCUCCAGUGUAGCCCGCUAUUUCCGGCUAGCGCACUAACGCCCGGCGUUUCAAUUUAUGUGCACCUCUAGUACAUGCACCGCGUCGAAAAAGAUGGGGCAUGGGCUUCACCCCUAUACGUUCCUCGUCAUGUCGCACCUUCACUUGUCUCGGCCAUGUCCGAGACCGACUACAACGUGCGCGCGCAGCGUCUCUGGCAGAGCAGCAUCGACGAGCUCGAGGCCUACAUCAUCACCCACUUUGGCUUCACCUGUCCAUCUAAUGCGCUCACAGCCACAACUCCAUUGACGACGGACUGGGUGAGCGACAUAUCCGCGCUCGUUGCGGCCCGGCGCCGCUCGCCGUUGUCUCUCGCGAAUCCGACCUCCGACGUCUUUUGUCGCCUCUUGGCUUCCUCUCUGGCACAACUCGUCAGCCCAGAAUGCUUUGGAGUAUCCGGCGGCGGGGCGAGAUAUGCGAUCUUGGAGCAGGACGAUCAAGCUAUUCGCCGCUACUUCUCCGGUUCGACACACGUGGGAACUGCUCGUCCGAAACCCGUGUCUUGGGCAACGAGCUACUCUCGACCGGCGGAUCAAACUUCUCGAGAGGUGAGCCAGGAAAGAGUUUCUUUGGCCCACUACUUGCCUUCCGGGUCUUCGACGACGAUCACCCCGCCCAGAUCGACAGCGACAGGGAAGAAGCCGCGCCCCAUGUCGGUCGGGUCGUACGGUGCUGAAAGCUACACGCGCUCGCCGUCGAUGAUGACGUUCGACUCGGCCCAGUCCUCUCCCUUUGGACACGUGCGACACAAUUCGAGACCGAGCGAUACCGAAUCCGUGCUGUCGAAUACCCCUUUGCUUGCUGCGUGUUCCUCGCCCGUCGCGGCCGCUCCGUUCUCUUCUCAGCCCAAGCGGUCGUUCUCCCCCAAACCUCGUCCGCCCCCUGUCUUUAUCGAGGAUACCGCCAGGGACACUCUUCCCUCGCCUGUUGCCCCACCCUUCUCUUCCUUGAUCAGCAAAGCCUCCGCAUCGCAUGAGGCGGAAACCGACCCCUCCUCUCCCUCCGCGGCCGUUGCCUCUCGAACGAACUGCACGCUCAGCCCCGACGAGCGUCGCCACUUCAUCCGCCAAGCCAAGAAACUCGAGCACCUCCUCGGCAAGCCCGUCAAGGAAGCCCAGGCCAAAGAGAUCGUUCAGGCCAGGACUCGAAAUGGCGCAUCAUCGCUCGAGGGCGGUUAUUCAGACGGUCGAUCGUCGAUCCAAAGAAAGAGGUCGUACAGCCACCCUCUGGUGCCGACGAACGUUCAUCAAGCGGCAAAGAACGGUGGGCCCUCGACGCAACUGUGGAGCCUUCAGGUUGGGGGUCAAGACAUGAGGCGAGCGAAUACGAGCCCGAAUCCUUCGUCGCCCACAUCACCACCUGCUUCGAACCAAUUCCUCGGCGUCGCGAGCCCGACGAGCCCCGGCGGGGCCCUAUCCCCACUUAGCCCGACGACGCCGACGGGUGCGACGGACGCCACGACGAUGGCCUUCAAGAACCGCGAACAACGUCGAAAAAAACUGGCCAAGCUACAUCACCUGCUGGGGGAAAAGGUACCUGUCGAGCUGGCGCUCUGCAAACCGGGUUCGGUCUCAAGCCUGGACUCGAUCGAGGCGCCGGGGUCGAGGAGGAACGGGACGGGGGCCAAAAAGAUCUGGGAGCGCGCCAAGGGCCACGUGCACGCGCCUUGGCACAACUACGCUCGACAGCACGACGAAGCAGGGCUCGAACAGGCUCGGAGGGACGAGUUCAUUGUCGAUGUCGAACCGGACCGCCACGUGUUGGCGGUGCUAACCCCGGAGGCUUCAGCGGGAGUAGGCCCGACAACGUCUAAUAGCACAUCGACUCGGGCGGCAGAAUUGAAAAAUCUCGCGACCGCGAGAAAGCUUGAAGACGUGAGUUUCAGUGCUAGCGGACAGCUUGGGAUCCCGGACGGAUGAGACGCUGACCCGGUGAGUGCCGAUGCACCCCCUGUCUGUCGCAGCGAUUCGGAGCGCUCCCGCCAAAAAACCUGUUCCAGACCGCGAACAUCAAGCCUCCCCCACGCAUGGAUCACCGGAGCUCGUCCGACUCGAAGUCUUCCGAAAUUAGUCUACCUACGUCGAUUAGCUCGGUCGAGUCGUACCGCACCUCGAUAGCCAGUCUGCGCUUCCUGAUGGAGCAAGACCCCGAAGCACUGGACCAGAUUGCAGUGGCUUUGCACGAGGACGAUGAAGGCGAGGACGGGGUGAUUGGCAUCGAAGCGGACCCACCCGCUGUUCCUCAAGAAGCGAGGCCCUUACUUCACCAACACGUCGAAGCGCUCAGUCUCGAUUCGGACCGAUUUUUUUCCAGCGAAGAGUCAGCGAUCGACGACGAAACCCACAGCACGAUUCGAGCACCCGAAACCGCCUCACCCCCGGCUUCGCCCACAGAUUCGAUCGCAUACCCUCAAGGGCCCCCCGCCCAUCGCACCCCGAGCGCGACGAUGGGCUCGGUGCGCAAAGUCAACAAGUUGCUCAACUUCUUCGGCACACUCAGGGGCGAGGUGUGGAAUCGCUUGUUGGACGAAAUGCAAUUGGCGAUCGAAGGCGACGAAGAGAUCGAGAAGGAGGACAAGACGACCUUAUUGCUCGAAGUGCAAAAGUUGAGGACGUUCAAACCCGUCGACGGAAGAGGAGGGGUAGUCGCUUUCACGGCGGCCGGAUGA